CCGCGGCGGGCGGCCCGAGCGGCCCCGGAACCAUGGGCAAGUGCAGCGGGCGCUGCACGCUCGUCGCCUUCUGCUGCCUGCAGCUGGUGGCUGCACUGGAACGGCAGAUCUUUGACUUCCUGGGCUACCAGUGGGCUCCCAUCCUAGCCAACUUCCUGCACAUCAUGGCAGUCAUCCUGGGCAUCUUUGGCACCGUGCAGUACCGCUCCCGGUACCUCAUUCUGUACGCAGCCUGGCUGGUGCUCUGGGUUGGCUGGAAUGCAUUUAUCAUCUGCUUCUACCUAGAGGUUGGACAGCUGUCCCAGGACCGGGACUUCAUCAUGACAUUCAACACAUCCUUGCACCGUUCCUGGUGGAUGGAGAAUGGGCCAGGCUGCCUGGUGACACCUGUUCUGAACUCCCGCCUGGCCCUGGAGGACCACCAUGUCAUCUCCGUCACUGGCUGUCUGCUUGAUUAUCCCUACAUCGAAGCCCUCAGCAGCGCCCUGCAGAUCUUCCUGGCACUGUUCGGCUUCGUGUUUGCCUGCUACGUGAGCAAAGUGUUCCUGGAGGAGGAGGACAGCUUUGACUUCAUCGGUGGCUUUGACUCCUACGGAUACCAGGCACCGCAGAAGACGUCGCACUUACAACUGCAGCCUCUGUACACGUCGGGGUAGCUUCUGCCCCGCGCCCACCCCGGCGGUGCCGCGCCUUUGACGGCUGGACAGACCGCGGCUGCCGCGAGCUCGGGCCGAGACGGGCACGUGCGCCCCCUGGCGGCUCGCGGGCCGACUGCAGCCUGCGCCGGCCCCACCUGUGUCUGCAGCCGGAGAAGCGGACCUGGACCUGGACUUGGCUCUUUGCAGCCCGGACUUCAGGGGUGGGGCGGGGCGGGGUGGGGGAGGUGGAUCACGGGGUUUGUAUUUUUUUUUUUUUAUCUCGGCCUUGGCAUGAGCUGGGGCCUCUCUCCCUUCUCCAGCUUCCCCCUUUCACCCUUCACCCGGCAUCCUGGCCUCUGUCCAGAGAGAAACAGCAAAAAGGACAGACUCAUCCCAUCUCAACACACUCAUUCACUAGCCCUGGGAAAGCUACUGUGAACUAGGAGCAGGGUCCUGGGUUCUAAUCACAGCUCCAUCACUGUCUGUGUGACAUCUGGCAAAGCCCUUACCUUUUCUGGGCCUCAGUUUCCUCACCCCAAGUGAUUAAAAUAAUCCCUUAGCAGAUGGACUCUUCCAGCCUUUUCAUUUGACUCUAAAUUUCUUGGGCUAGACUGGGAUUAUAAUUCCCAUUUUGCAGAUAUGGAAACUGACGCCCAGAAGUGUGAAGUGAUUUACCUGAGUCACACAGCUAGGCUUUUAGUGGAGAUGGGCCUUGAACACAGUGUACUUCCUGUAGUUUCAGACUCCAAAACCCAGUGUCUGCUCUCUGAAUUCCAUUUCCAACCCCCUUUCAGUUUGGACACUCUAGAGCCCAUGUGGUCUCCACCACACUCAUCACCAUCUCCACUCCCCAACGCUCCUCUUAAAGCAAUAUAGUCCUUCAUCCUCUUGCCAGAAACCAGAUGGACAGAGCCCAGAGCCCUGAAUUCAGCCAGACCCACAGGAAGCCUUCCUAGACUCAGCCUCUGUGCACUUCUGGCAAACCUUUCAAGCUCUCUCUUCCAGUAAAGUGGGGCCAACUUGGUCACCCCACCCUCUUCUAGGUCUCUGAGGCUGGGUCUCCUACACCCAUGGUCCCUCAUCCCCUUGGCAACCAACCCCUGAUGGCUCCGUCCACCUCACCAGUUGGAAGACUUGAGGUUCCAGAGAAGAGGGCUGCUCAAGUGCUGCCUGGACACCAGUGUUUACAAAUCAUCAGCGUUUAGGGCCAUGCCAAUGUCCAGAAGCAACCUCUAACAGGCCCAGAGAGAGUUCUGAAAGGGCAGAAUGGGGAGGAGGGGAUCAGGAGGGCCAGCUCUCCCAUCUUCCCCCUUUCUGUGGCAAGUAGAGGUGAGAGCUCUUUCUCUGCAUCUCCCUCCACAGACACUCUGAGGACCCUGCAAUCCUGUACACUGGCUGGUGAGUUCACAGGCAGGAGGAUCAGGCCUCAGCAUCUCAGUCUGUGAAAUUGGAGGUGCCCUGGGCUAGUAAGCAGGGUGGGAGGCAUGGGGGAACCAGAGGGAGCCCAGGCAGUGCUGGUGGUUUGCACACCUGAGCCUGUCUAUGGUGACCGCUCUGCUCCUUGCCUUCCUCCCUCUGAUCUAACAUUCCCUAUUCUCUAAGGCCCAAAUAUCCUGAGCUAGGCCAGCAAAAUUUCCUGCUACCCGCCCCCAUCCCAUCUGCAGUGCUGUGCCCAGCAGCCAACCCUGGAGUUCCUCUGGCUGCCACAUGCACUGAGGCCCAGGUGGUCAGCCCAGUCAGCUGGCGGGUACAGCUCAAGAGGGGGACAAUUCCCUUCAGGCUGGGCUGCUAUCCUGCCACUGGGCCAACUCCUGCCUUGGGCCCUCCCUUUUCCCACCCUUACCCCCCCAGGCCCCUUUCUACUCAACGGGUUUAGCCACUGGUGCUUUGAAGCCUUUUGUUUUUAUAGGACCGUUUUUACAGGAGACCAGGUUUUCUUCUCACUGGGACCUUGUAAGGUGGGGAGUGCACCCCUGGUUUCUGUGCAGGUGGGUUGAUUAAAGAUGAUGUUUUCUUCUCUA